AUGAACAAGAACCCCGAGCAGCCGUCCCAGCAGCAGCAGCAGAACCUGCAGCACCAGCGCCAGCAGCGGCAGGAGCCCACCGGCGAGCGGCCGGACCGCCUGGAGUCGGUGGGCGCCGAGGGCGACGUCCAUGCCCAGGCGGCGCAGCAGCCGGCGCGCAACCUCUCCCAGUCGAAUGCCGAUGCGCCGCACGAGGCCCAGGCCCAGGGCCUGCACGACAUCGAGGCGGACCAGCAGAAGCAGGACCGCCGGGCCGGCCAGUCCGAGCGCCUGGACUCGAUCGAUGACAAGCCCACGCCGGAGCUCUUCCAGGCCUCGGCCGCCGACCAGGAGAACCCGGCCCCCGGUGGCUGA